AUGGAAAAUCAGUUUGUGGUUCUUAUUACUGGCGCCGGUAGAGGUAUUGGAAAUGCCUUGGCUCAGAUUUAUCUCUCACGCUCAAAUUGUACGGUGGUGGGGAGCAUUCGCGAUGAGAAAGCAUCGGGCGUUACUGAGUUGAAGGCAUCCCCAAAAGGAAGCGGAUCUAAACUACUCCUAGUCAAGAUCGAGAGUUCCGUGCCUGGCGAUGCAAACCGUGCAGCAGACGAAAUUAAGGCAGCAGGCAUUGACCAUAUCGACAUCGUGGUAGCAAAUGCUGGAAUUAGCCCGCCGAUCGUAUCACUUGAGAAAGUUAAUCUUGAAGAUGUAGUCGGCGCGUUCAACGUCAACGCUGUCGGUGCUAUUGCUCUAUACCAGGCUUGCCAUCCGUUACUCGAAAAGUCUAGCAAUGCUAAGUUUGUAUCUAUCAGCAGCGCUGCUGGCUCUAUUAGCGCCAUGGAACCUUAUAACGCACACGUUGCGCCGGCAUACUGUAUUUCAAAAGCUGCUCUUAAUUGGAUUACCAUGGCAGCACACUGCGGUAACAAGUGGCUUACUGCCAUCGCUGUGAACCCAGGACUUGUUGAUACCGAUAUGGGAAAGGGAACGGCCGAGUAUCUAGGCUUAGAGAGGGCCCCUUAUACGAAAAAGUAUAGCGCCGAGAGAAUCAUAAGCUUGAUUGACGAUGCCAGUCGCGAGAAUAGUUCGGGAAAGUUUCUCAAUGUUAUAGACAACAAGGAGAUACCGUGGUGA